AUGAUAGCUGGAAGUGUUUCACCAGUCACUGUGUCAGUUCCGUUCGAUGUAGAGGAGGCGACACGGAGUAGUCUGGUGUCUGUGUUACGUUCUGAAGGUGUGUGGAAGGUUCUUAUAUUGGAUGAACGUUCUCAAAGUGUUAUAGCACCGUUAUUAAAAGUUGGGCAAUUAAGGCAAUUUGGUGUGACCCUGGUGCUUAGUAUUGAUAAUACAGAUAGGACACCAAUACCUGAUACGAUGGCAGUAUAUAUUGUGCAACCUUCUGAACAUAAUCUUGAUGUACUAUUACGAGAUAUAAGUCGUCGUAUGUAUGCUAAGUAUAACCUACAAUUCAUUGAUCGAAUUUCGGAUAAUACACUACAAGAUCUAGCUCAGAAAGCUUCUAAAAUAAUUCCAUUACCAUUAUUUCCAGCUGUUGUGGAACGUUUCAUAAACUUUGUACCUAUUGACGCUUUCAAAUUCUCACUAGAAUUACCAGACACAUUCAAGAAUAUCUAUGACCCCAAAAGCAAAGAUGUAACCAUCGUGCAAACUAUUGACCAUAUCGUAGCCGGACUUAUCUGUGUACUCAAAACACUAGGCGUACGACCAAUUAUUAAACUACCUAAGAAUCCAAGCUCCCCCGCCAGAACUGUUGGCAUCAAACUUUGCGAACAACUCAAAGAGCUACACUCUACAUAUGGAGAUCGCUUCAUUUCAUUCGCAGGUAACAUAAACUACACCUAA